AUGAGGCUUAACAAUUUAAUCGUUGUAUUCUCUGUAUACGCUGCUGCUUGCAUAAGCUUGAUUCAUGGCUACUGUGUCUACAACUUUACAGAUGAUGUUUCUUAUAGGGUACGACAAUUGAGUCAAAAUUCUGGUGUUUUUGAUCUUGGUCGCUUCUAUCGCGAAUCCCUCAAGCCUGGUGAGAGUGCAUGCUGUCCGUACACUAACCACGAUUGUAAUAGCACAGGUGACAAAAAUGCCCUUAUAAAGGUUAUGUUCCUAGGUGGUACUCCUACACACAAGCAGUUAAGAAUCAACUUUCCUGCCGGAGGUUGGGUUGAAAUCCGUGGUAAGGGUACAGACCGGCCUAAAGUUAACGCUUAUUACCCUGAUGGAACACCAUUCCCUUUUGAACUCGUUACCACAGAUAGUUGUUUCUUUUGCUGA